CUCCCGUCGGAAGAAGGCAACGGGGACGACUCGACACACUGGACUCGACUGACCGUCUCCUGGUUGGUUUGGGAACGUCUCUGAAUCCCUUGGAAGAGCUGGACUAAAUGGCUGUGGAGAGGCAAGUCUGAGUUUUCUUACACAAGCUGCUGCCCCGUGACGUGAUCUCAGAUAAUCAAAAGAAAACGCAUGAUGGAUGUUGACUGUAUGCAGUGACUUAGUUGGGGUUUUUUUGCAUCUUCCUUGUGUGCUUCCUUUCAUGACCUCUCCCUCCUUUUUUCAUCUAUUCUUCCAAUUUUUAUCCUUCCUUCCUUUCAUAUGUUUGGUUACCUCUUCUCCUUUUAGUGGUCUUCGGGCGAUAGGCGGGGUACACCCUGAACUGUUCACCAGUCAUUCAUGUACCAGCAACUAUAAUUCCAGUUUUAUUUCUCCCAUCUUCCUUGCCUUCUACCCUCCCUUCCUUACUUGCAUCCAUCCUUACUCCUCCUUUCCUUGUUUUCAUACAUCAACCCUAAUUCUUACGGCCUUUAACUUUCCUUCUUCCUUUCAUUCUUUCCUUGCUACCAGCUGUCAAAUGUCCCUGCCAAAUGACGUUCCAUCCUUCUUUAUUCAACUUUUCUUUCAUACAUACGUUUUCCCUCGUCGCUUCUUUCCCCAAAAUCACUGCUCUCCAUGCUACCUUUCACGUUCCAGCUAAUUCCUAAAUGUCUACUUUACUUUCCUUUCUUGCUCUUUUCCUUCUGUCAGUCCUUCCUUCUAUUCAUUGACCCAUCCUUUUCUUUCCUUCCAUCCUUCCAACCGAUUUCCUUCCUUUCACACUUCCUUGGUUCUCUCUUCACUACCUCCUUUCACACCAACCAUCCUUGUUUUCACCCUAUAUCCUUCUUUGGUUUCCUUCCUUUGUUGGCUCCUAUGUAUCUUCUUUCUGACCAUCCUUAAUUUUUCUUUAACAACGUUUUGUUCAGUUCACUGACCAUGUAUUGGACUUCACUACUAACUUAUAUUACCGGUAGGUUAGUCAAAGACUACGGCGCGUUCCGACUUACGUACAUACGCGCCCCACGGCAACUCCAUCGCAAACCAAGGACCCUGUACUGGACAGUUAAAAGUUCAGGGAGUGGUCAAAUUCAAUAUAGAUUGUGUACGAAAGAAAGACUUGCUCAGUAGGCCAACUCGUGUGUGUACACAACGUGUGACGAAUGAAUGCGUUCUAAGUGUCACGUGUCGUCGCGGGCCAGCCAGUUUGACAUCUUCGCUUUUCCCCAAGUGACACUUCUCACACACGUCGACAACUACCGGGCGUGCACCAGCAGAAAAGCGGCUAUGACGAACAACGAUAGCCAUCCAACUUUAGACUUAUUGCUCAAUCGGGCCACGGACCCGACCAACCAGGAGGACAAAUGGGACUGCAUCCAGGCCUUCUUUCAAUCAGUCAACCAGGAGACUGAUGGUCCACAGGUCGCUCUCAGUCUUCUUGCUCAUAAAAUCCAGUCUCCCCAAGAAAAAGAGGCUCUUCAAGCUCUGACUGUUCUCGAGGCGUGCAUGAACAACUGUGGCAAGAGGUUCCGCGGCGAAGCAGCUAAGUUCCGAUUCCUCAACGAGCUCAUCAAAGUGUUGUCGCCAAAGUACUUUGGUUCGUGGACUGCCCAGACGGUUAAAGAUAGGCUGACUCAGGUUCUUUACGGUUGGACACAGUGGCUUAAAGAGGAAACCAAAAUUCAAGACGCCUAUUCCAUGCUCAAGAAACAAGGGGUCAUCAAAAAGGAUCCCAAUCUACCAGAUAAAGUCAUCAUGGCCCCUCCACCUCAACGAGCCACCGACUCCGUGUUUGACCAAGAGGACAAGGCGACGGUCCUCGCCAGAUUAUUAAAAAGUCGACGUCCCGAAGACUUGGAGACUGCCAACAGGCUCAUUAAAAGCACAAUGAAAGAGGAGGAGGAGAAAGCGGAGAAAGCAACCAAACGUGAAAGCACUCUAAAGGCGGUGGAGAGCAGCACCAAGCAGCUCAGAGAGAUGUUGGAUGAGCACACUGAAGUGCCUUUACAGCCCACUGACGAAUUAAAGGACCUGUAUAAGAGCUGCGAGCGGCUGAGGCCGAGUCUUUUCCGGCUGGCUAGCGACACGGUGGAUGACGACGAGGCACUGACGCAGAUCCUGGCAGCCAACGACGAACUCACGCUCGCGGUGAACGCCUACAAGGAGCGAACGUGGGGGCGAGAGUGUAACCGUAACAUUAAAAGUGAAGAAGCGGUGACGCCAAAAAAUAACAUAUCCACGAGUCCCCAAGAGAUCAAGAGCUACCAUCUCAUCGACCUCUCGACUCUGGACUCGCCUCAGACAGACAGGAAAGCUGACUCGCCUUUGUCGUUCGCCUCCUCCUCGCCUGUCUUCUCCUCUUUUAAGGAAAGCACCUGCAACUCUGCGGCUUUGCAGAGCACUCCGCAAUCAGAGUUACUUCUUUUGUCUCCAAAGUCAUAUUGUGACGAGCUAAUGCAGGUGAGAUUUAGGACGAGACUGAACAAGGAAGUUCAAGGCUUUAAUGUAAUGUUUGUUGGGGGGGAAAAAAAAUUCCCACAGCUCAACGGAGCAGUCUAUCCAACAAAUGAAGAAAGGGGCCCCUUCCUGAGAGCCCGUGGAUGCGGGGAUAAUGGUUCUUCUUCAUCAAAUGAAAACAACAUAUGGUCACAGGAUCAACAGUUCACGAGUUCAGGAUCUGACCCUCACCCUUCGGAAGACGGCUCUUGUCCGCAGCAUGUGCUGAAAAAUAUCUUUGUUCCCAUGGAAACCAUCAAGUCUAGUCAGCUGAAGCCUGUCACCAUAUACGACCAGGGCGGCAUUCGCAUCUCGCUCCAUUUCACCAGGGACUCACCUGCCGGUCAUCCUGACGUCGCCGUGGUCGUCAUCUCUGCGGUGAACACUUCCUCCCUGGAUGUGAAAGAUUUCGUGUUUCAAGCCGCUGUCCCAAAGACCAUGUCAGUGAAACUUCAACCUUCAUCAACAACACAUCUGCCACCAUACAACCCCCUGCAGCCUCCGCCUGCCAUUGCACAGGUCAUCCUGUUAGCUAAUCCUCACAAGUGUAAAAUGCGCCUGCGCUACAAGCUCACUCUGACACACGGACGCCAACGGCUGAAUGACAUCGGAGAGAUACAAAACUUGCCGGACUGGACGUCUGUGAUUGGCUGCUGAAAACACCAUGUGCAUCCAGACACAUAAACACAUAUUCACUCCCACUCAGUCUCUGUCAAACACACACGCUCACGGGCACAUAAGCUUCAAGAGCCUCAAAAUCACAAUGGGGUCUUUUAUAUGCAUCAAAAUGUUGAGACGUUUCUCCCUUAUUCGGCCCGUCAUGCUUUUCAAUACUUUUGUAACAUUCUCCAUCAUGUCAUAAGGAGAGCGCUUUGAAAUUAGUCCUGACACUGCGGGUGCCGAUUUCUUUUUGCGUAAAAAAAAAAAAAAGAUAAAAUUUUAUCUAGGCAUUUUUUUGUGUCAUUUAGGGUUGUUGGAAUUAUUCUGUCUCCAUCGUGCCAAUUAUGUACUUUUUAUUUUGCAUCUAAAGGCAUAUCUGUCUCCAUGAAUAACUAACUGUGAAUAAAACAAGACCAGAUCAGUGUU